CUUGUGGAAGAUUUAUUACGUGAAAAUCCCUCUGUUAUCCAUGAACACGCAUGGCGUGCCUAUAAACUAGCAUUUUAAAUAUUCCAUCCCAGCUGGCGGCCCGUCACAAUCAUGAUCAUGCUACCUCACUGAGCGGCUGACCAUCCCAGCAGGAGUAUCCUUGGAGACUUCAAUUACAACGAGGGUCACGAACCUACGGAUUCUAGUCCAUAUAUAUUGGGUGGUAAUUAUGCUUUGAUACGUGUGAAGGAUGUGGUACCCGCAUACUGUGACGGUCUUCGUCGGUCUCUGCCUCCUCGCACUUCAAGUGCGUUGUGAACCCUCUGAGCUUGUUCGAAGGAACUCGACAGGAUUAACUGACGCUGUUACCUGGGAUCCUCACUCGCUAUUCAUUCAUGGCCAACGCGUCUUCAUCCUGUCUGCUGAACUCCAUCCGUGGCGUCUUCCCAAUCCGAAUCUCUGGUCUGAUGUCUUCCAGAAGAUCCGGGCGAACGGGUUCAACACUGUGUCGUUCUGCAUAAACUGGGCAGUGCAUUUCCCAACUCCAAAUACUAACAAUGGUACUGGCGACUUUCAAGAGGGCACCUACAGGGAUAUUCAACGCUUCAUAGACGAAGCAAAGAAGGCCGGAUUAUGGUUAAUAGCAAGACCUGGUCCUUAUAUCAAUGCAGAAACUACAGGCGGCGGGUUCCCUGGAUGGGUAGGCAAUAUUGCAGGUUCUUUGCGGACAAAUAACAUGAACUAUAAACAAGCCUUUAUUUCGCCGUCAGCAUGGCUUCCCUAUAUGACUGAGAUAUCAAAGAUAAUUGCUCGGAAUCAGCUUACGAGCGGUGGACCAAUAAUCCUUGUUCAGGCAGAGAAUGAAUUCAGUGUCGGAACUGACCGCAGUCCAUACAUGCAAGAUGUCAUUGAUACGUACCGCGCUGACGGUGUCAUUAUUCCCAUUACCCACAACGACCAGCACGCUGGUGCGGCCGGCAAUUUCAGUCCCGACCUACCUGGCACUGGUAGAGUAAACAUAUACUGUGGAGAUUCCUAUCCACAAGGCUCAUCUCGUUGGGCACAAGUCCAGACGGUGUACUACUCGAACCAUGUAGCCGUCGCCCCCAAUAAUCCUCUCUGUCUUGCUGAGAUUGGAGGUGGUUUCCUCCUCGGAUGGGGUAGUGUUGCGCGAGGUGGAACCGGCUAUGAGAAAUACUCGGGUGAUUUGACGAAUGCAACCUAUGAGAACAUCUUCUAUAAGGACACAUAUGCACAAACAGCGACCAUCCUCAACGUAUACAUGACGUUCGGAGGUACCAACUGGGGGCAGACUUCCGAGCCGACAGUAUAUUCAAGCUACGACUAUGGAGGAGGUGUCAACGAGAACAGGGUAGCCAUUUCGAAGAUGAAUGAAAUGCGCCUUCAAGGUCUAUUCCUACGUGUUUCAAGAGACCUACUCUCUGCAACCCUUAUCGCAAAUGGCACCAACUACACGACGUCGUCGUUGAUUCAUACCGCCGAGCUUCGAAACUUGCAGAGCAACGCAGCGUUCUACGUUCUUCGACAUGAUGAUGCUACGUCGACUGCAUUGACGAGUACUCGGCUCAAUGUAUCGACGUCCGCCGGCACAUUGCUAAUUCCGCAGAAUGGUUCACUUGUCUUAGAUGGAAGAGAGAGCAAGAUUAUUGUCACAGAUUAUACAUUCGGGACUUCUAAAACGAAUAUUCUCUACUGUACAACAGAGAUCAUGACUUGGACAACGAUCGAUAACCAGGACUACAUCAUUCUCUAUGCCUCACCCGGUCAGACAGGCGAAACCGUCUUCAACUUCGUUUCCACUCCAACAGUUGACUUAUCAAAUGCACCUGGUGUCAUUUCAAAGAUCUCUGGUAACCACUUGACACUGAAUUACAUGCUGCAAGGCUUCGGUGUUACUACGAUUACCGUUGGAACGAACAAGGUUCAUGUAGUUAUUAUGGACAAGACGACGGCGUUGCAAUGGCACGCAUCCGAUAUUGCUGGCAAGGGUGACUUUGGAGCACAUUUCUCUAUCGGUACGAACCAGAGCGUGUUGGUAGGCGGACCAUAUCUAGUUCGUACUGCGUCCAUUUCCCGCGAUACGCUGUCCUUGACAGGUGAUCUUAACGGAACCACGAACGUCGAAGUCAUCGCACCCGCUUCUGUCACCACAGUCACUUGGAAUGGGAAACAACAAGAGUUUCAUACGACCACGCGGAACUCGUUGGCUUUCACAGUCGGUAGUAGCACUCCGGCUGUCUCACUUCCGAGACUCGAUAGCUGGAAAGUUUUGAACAGUCUUCCAGAAAUCGACCAAACAUUCGACGACUCAUCAUGGAUUGUCGCCAAUCAAACUAGUACCAACUACACCAAUCUUCCACCACUCUCUGGCGAUCACGUCUUAUACUCACAACAGUAUGGGUUCUAUGGUGGUAACCUGAUCUUCCGAGGCCACUUCAACGCCACUGGCUCCGAGACAGCAGUCAACCUCACCGUUCAGGGCGGUUUCGCGUUUGGGUAUUCCGCCUUCCUGAAUGGCGUAUUCGUGGGCUCGAAUCAAGGCAGUUCUACUGUUAGUCAGGCCACGGAUGUUUGGACGUUCCCUCAGAGAGCUGUUAAGAUUGGCCAGGAUAAUGUAGUAGUGGUCUUUCAAGACCAUAUGGGCCUUGUUGAGACGAGCACUAACGGUGGCAAAGAACCUCGUGGUAUCAGAGGUUAUGCCCUCAUCUCUAGCUCCUCCACGCCUACGACCUUCUCCCAUUGGACGAUCCAAGGCAAUCAAGGCGGCCCAGCGAAUACACCAGAUACAUUCCGAGGAUAUUUGAACGAAGGCGGACUCUUCGCCGAACGUAUCGGGGCUCACCUUCCAGGGUUUCACGACGAUGAUUGGCCAACUGCAUCUCCCAUCGAGCAAGGCAUAGCAGGCGCAGGUGUUAGUUUCUUCAGGACGAACUUCACAUUGGACUUGCCCGAGGGUUAUGACGUGCCGAUUCGGUUGGCUAUCACCCCGAGUGAUAUUUCGUCAAACUUUAGAGUGCAAGUAUACCUAAAUGGAUGGCAGUUGGGAAAGUAUAUUAAUAACAUCGGGCCUCAGACAGUGUUCGUCCUCCCGGCAGGAAUCCUACAUGCCCGCACACCCAACACGCUCGCUGUCUCCCUUUGGUCACUUGACGCCAAGGGUGCUUCCUUGGCAGGGAUUCAACUAGUCGCUCAAGAUGGUUUGUAUGAAAGUGCGUUGGCUUUGGACGGGAGGUUGGAUGACUUUGGCGUCGAACAGGGGGCGUUUAGACCUGAGGGCAGAGUAAAUGGAAAGGUUGAGGGUAAAUGAAGUCGGAGACAGGUUGUUCGAUACAAGUCGAGGAAACAUGGAAUCAUUGAGAGGAGUUGUAAAGCAGAGCAAAUAGUAACGGUAUACGAAUAUUGUGAGUAUAGCCUAUGUGGUAUAACAAACAUGU